AUGAUUUACAAUUCCCUACAAACACUCCUUAGAAAUUCUUAUCUGCCAACCCGCCAGAUCUUGAGUUCUCCUCCUGCCUCCUGUACCGUGAGAUACCAGAAGCAAAGACUUAUGUCGAAUUCGCCUCCCCCUCGUGUGACACUUACCCCUCCUCCCUCGGCACCCAUAAGUCUGCCCAUCUCCCCUAUUCCGGUGGGGGACGGCAAUCCCAAGACAAUCAAGACGGCUGCAUGUCUUAUUAUUGGUGACGAAAUUCUGAACGGCAAGACGCACGAUUCCAACUCGAAUUAUUUCGCCAAGUUUUGUUUUGAGCGGGGAGUUGCGCUGAAGCGGAUCGAAGUUAUUGCCGAUGAUGAGGGUGAAAUCGUGGAGGCCAGUCGUAGGAUGGUCAAAAAUUAUGAUUUUGUCGUGACGAGUGGUGGAAUUGGUCCGACUCAUGAUGAUAUCACAUACGCGUCUCUGGGAGUCGCAUUCAACAACCCUCUUGUGCUACACCAACCGACUCUAGAACGAAUGUAUGAAAUGAGUAAACACCGCCCCGAAACCCUUAACCAAACACAAGAACAACGCACAGCGCGUGAACGGAUGGCGCUCCUCCCCGAGGGGCCAGGAGCAGAAGCGCUGUUCGUAUGCGAAGACCUAUGGGUGCCUGUUUCACGACUACAGGGUAAACUAUACGUCCUUCCGGGUGUUCCUUCGUUGUUCCGAAAACUCCUUGACAGAGUGAAUGGUCCUAUCGCUGCAAGUUUAAUUUUCGCCAACCAAGAACCAUGCAUUUACUCACUCGUCGCCAUCCAUUCAUUCCAUUUAAAUUCAUGCUAUCUUGACUCAAUUAGACUACCUGAAUCGAAUAUUGCUCCAUAUCUAACCAGUCUCCAAGCGCGCGUCAAAUCUGAAGAUAUUCAAGUGGGCUCCUACCCGACCGUUGGAAAAGGAGUGACUGUUUCGUUGAUAGGAAGGAACUCUGCCCGGUUGGAAGAGCUCGCGCUGGAGGUCGCGAAAGAAGUCUCGGCUGACAAAUCCUCUUCUCCAUUAAUCAACCACGAUGGAUCCAAAGGCAGGAAUGACCGUGUCAUUAGGCACAAUCGGGCAUGCACGGGUGCCCUGAGCGGGGCCGUCUAUGCACUUUUCAAAUCCCAAUCUCCCGCUCUCAUGGGAUUCGCAGCAGGAAUCAAUAGUGGGAUCGCAGGGCUUACUUUUUUCGGUACGCAUUAUAACCGACUGUUUAUGCGCUUUUUGCACCGAAGUCAACGCCCCCCCCCCCUCUCCCGGGUUCCAGCCUUGCGCGAAUACGUAGUCAGCCCAGCCCUCGUGCUGUCGCUCGACACAUCGCAAUAUGCCCAGAGGCGAGCUCGAUUGGGAAUAACCUCGAAGCAAUUCAACGAUUUAAAAUAUGCGCACGAGCACCAAGAUGAACUCGCGAUGAUUCGACGGGACCGGCUUUUGGAUACUGGAGUAGCGGGGGCGAUCGCUGGUGGGGGGUUGAAUUUCUGGCGACGCGGUGCACGAGCUAUUGUUCCGGGCGUGUUGACGGCUGGCUUGGCAUGCACUUUGGUGCAGGUGGCGGUCAACGAAUUGGCGGUUCAGAGGAUCCAAUAUGUUGCGGGGACUCCGACGACUGCACUUGUUCCUUUGACUCCAUCUAUACCAGUGGCUUCUGACUCGGCGUCGCUUACGACUGGCACUUCUAUCCCGAUAGCUACCCCCAUCGUGGCGGUACUCCACCAACCGGUCGAGGAGAAGCAGGCUCCUAAACCAGCCAUGGAGAGGAUCGUCGACGCACUUUCGUAUGUCAUACCAUUAACCAAGUUGGACGACAAAGAGUAUCUUGGACGAUUGGAACGAAAGCGAACAGUCUUGGACGAGAAAAUUGAUCGACUUUCUGCGGAACUCGAAGGCAAAUCCCGCCGUUGA